AUGCAUGGGACCCAUUUGCUUGUUUUUUCUUUUGUCGCUGUCUAUGUCUGCAGAAAGUUGUUGAACCUCUGGAAAGCUGGUCAAUCAGUCCACAACUUUCCAGGCAAACGGCUGAUUCUAAACCCUCUCUUUAAUAAUUUUGUCCCGAAGAUUAGAGGCAUAUCGGACGGACAAAAUUCGUUGUUUAAUGCGAAGCACACUUAUUUCGACUAUGUGGGCUGGGAUGCCUAUACCUCCAUAUCCCUUUGGCCAAACACUCGGACUAUGGUUGUACUUGCAGAUGCAGCCGCUAUCAAGGAAAUAACGUUAUCUCGUGCGAGAUUUCCUAAACCAGUCCAUCACUACAAAACCCUUUCAUUCUACGGCAAAAACAUCGUAGCUUCAGAGGGCGAGGAGUGGAAGAAAUACAGGAAAAUAUCGGCACCGGCUUUUUCAGAUCGCAACAACAAGCUUGUCUGGGACUCUAGUAUCAAAAUUGUAGAAGGGCUUUUCAAUGACGUAUGGGGUAAACGCGAUGUAAUAGAGGUUGACCAUUGUGUGGACAUCACACUUCCUAUUGCGCUGUUUGUUAUAGGUGCAGCAGGUUUCGGAAGAAGCAUUUCAUGGAAAGAAGAUGCAGUUAUUCCUCCUGGACAUUCAAUGACCUUCAAAGACGCUCUUCACGUGGUCACUGUUGAGAUCUUCCUUAAAAUCAUUCUGCCCGACUGGGCGAUGGGUCUCACUAAGCGAUUAAGAAGAGCCAGGUUAGCCUUCGAGGAAUUGAGAUCUUACAUGGUCGAAAUGAUUAGAGACCGACAAAAGGCUGAAAAGGCUGAGCGUCACGACUUAUUCAGCAGCCUUCUGGCAGCAAAUGACCACACGUUAGACGCAUCGACAUUAACAGAAAGCGAGCUUAUUGGUAAUAUAUAUAUAUUCUUGGUCGCAGGACAUGAGACUACAGCACACACGCUAUGCUUCACAUUUGCUCUGUUGGCGUUAUAUCCCGACGAACAGGAAAAAUUGGUCGAACAUAUACGUUCCAUCCUUCCAAACGGUCAAAGCCCGACAUAUGAAGAUAUGCCUUUGUUGACUUACUCUAUGGCCGUGUUCUAUGAGACUUUGAGGAUGUUCCCUCCUGUCACCGGUAUUCCCAAAGAGGCAGCAGAAGAUACAACUAUUACUGUUGGUAACAAAAAAGGCGAACAGACGACAAUUCCUAUUCCCAAAGGGGCCGACCUCACGUUAUCCACUGUUGGAUUACAUUACAACCCGAGAUACUGGCAUGAUCCAGACUCAUUUAAACCAUCACGUUUUCUGGGUGACUGGCCGCGCGAUGCAUUCAUACCUUUUAGUAGUGGUGCACGCGCUUGCAUUGGCAGAAAAUUCUUCGAAACCGAAGGCAUAGCCAUAUUAACCAUGCUCGUCUCGCAUUACAAGAUAGCUAUCAAAGAAGAACCUCAGUUCGCUUCCGAGUCCUUUGAACAACGCAAAGCUCGAGUGCUUUCAUGUCGUGCAGGGCUUACUGUGACUCCUAUCCGUGUUCCUCUUACUUUCACGCGACGGAUAUAG